GCACAGGGGAACAGUGUUGUGAUCGGACGCCACCAUGAAAAAUAUUUGAUCAAGUACAAACUUGAACGUAUGUUAAAGAGAAACGAGAGCGUAUGAUAUAAUAAACAAAAGAGAAGAAGAGAGGUCCUUAAUCGAAGCGAUGGCAACGAUUUUCAACGGCUGGAAGGUAUAUUCAGCGUAGCCUGAGAUAACAGUGAAGAGAAUGAGAGACGUACUGGGUACAAGUAGUGAAAUUUCAUGAUUUGAAAAAACCGUUUUGCUUCAAUGGCCAGUAUUUGCAGAAUUUGUCGCCAAAUGCAGAAUUUGUCGCCAAGAUGCCUUCAUGGUCAGAUGAUAUAUCGACAGUGUUGAACAUGGCUUGGAUACUUCAAGAUAGCUUGAGAUGGAUGGCGAUCAUCACUCGAGAUCAAAGUCAGCUGUGUUUGGAAGGUAUUUCAUUGCAUGCUCAUAGAAGCAAGUCGGCACGAGCGACAAGUUCGGCUGAAGAUACUGGAGCGCUUACGACUCCGCAUCCAGACAGUCCACUUGUCGUGGACUCUUCCUUCAGUACCUUCAGAUCUUCGGACUGA